AUGGGGCGCACGCUCUUACUGGGGCUCAGCUCCGUCUUCCCACCUCAGUGCAAUGCCCGGACAUGUUGCGUGAGCCACAGAGUCAGGGUGGUCUAUAGCGCGGCUCUGCUCUUAGGACCCGGAGUACACGGCGUCGGAGAGAUGAUAGGAAAGUAUUUCCCCCAGCUGCUCACAUCCCCGGGCCGAAAGACGAGCUCCGCCCGGCGGGGCAGCGUCGAGAGCUGCGACGAGAGCGAUAACAACUCGCUUUCUUUUGCCAACAUGGACGCUGGUUUGGAGCAUGUAGAGCGGCUGCUGCAGCGGGAUGUGACCCGGCACAUAGAGGGCUGUCUGACAGAGGCCAAAGCUUCCACCCUCCACUGCCAGAUGCUGCUGCUGCCUCGCCAGAUGUUGGCCAAGGUUGGCCAGGACGUGGUGCGCUCCUCUGCUGAUGAGCCCUGCGGGCUCCGGGGCGCCUCCAUCACCGUCCACGUGGAUUGCAAAGAUGGCCUGAAGUUUGUGGGGAGCAUCUUCCUAGACCAAAGGGUCACCCCGACGUUUGAACUGUCCGUGAUCUUCAAGGCAGACAAGGACGACGGCUGGCCGUCGCUCAAGCACAUCUUUGAUAGCAACAAAGUGUUGAAGUUGAGACCAGAGUACCGGCUGGUGAAGAGGAAGCUCUACUCCUCAGCCAGCCCCGUCAUUCAUGAUUUCAACUAGGCCCCCCCUAGUUAAGCAGUUAAGAAUGUUAACCCCCGUUUCACAGUUUACCCCUUUUUUUUGUGUGUGUGAAACGUCAGGCUACAUGCAAAUGUUUUGGCCUGGAACGAACUACAAAAUGCAGAUUGUUCUUUAUUCAUGUAUGAAUGUCUUAACGCAGGGGCCAAACUGCUUGUUUUCCUACACUCUGUAGCCGACAUGACCUCAGUGGUUUGCACAGACUGGUUGAAUGUUAAAGUUUUCACUGUAAACCUAAAAAUAUUUCCUUCCAGGAUUGGGCAGGUCUCACUCCUGAAGUGUGCUGUACUGUUAUUUAUGCAAUUGUUAAAUACAUUUUUUUGAC